GCAACAACCUACCUUUAUGGGCACCAUCAUGGCCACAGUCCCAAUCUGCAAUGGCUCUGGUGGCUGCACCUCGUGCAAAGGAAAGCCGACAUCCCGAAGACGAGGCUGAAGCGGUCAUUCGAAUCUCACUCUCUGUCGAUCCAAGACUCAGCACUUGUCGCCGUGCCCCCGGAGUUCGAGCGGUGCAUCACCAGGUGCAUUAUCAAGCCACAUCUAUUCCGUGAGAAGCCACGCGUCGGUCAGAAUCGUCUAUAAGGUAGGCGAUUUCAUUGUUUCUCAUCACGUAAACCCAAGUAGCAUGAAGGAGGGCAAAUGACUUGAGGGUUUUUCCUACCGCUAUGGUCAGGUAUACUGUCUUGAUUGCUGAAGACGCCGAAAGGCCCAGUUACUCCUUACUGCAAUUCACAUCUACGAUGCUUUCUGACCUAUGGCUACGCCUGUCGAUUUUCGUUACUGAUCGAUCUCGAGCUGCCUUCCUGAGAGGAGCAGGUAUUGUCGUGUUUGUCCUGCUGGUUCUCCUAACAAUCAUUGCCAUUCCGCACUCGGCCUCAAACGUCAAAACGGCUUCACCAUCUGAAUAUGCUGUCAUACCGUCCAACUUCGCGGACCCAUGUCUGCUGAGCGUGGAUGGGAUGUUCUACGCAUUUGCAACGAGACCGAACCCCUCACUACAUGUCCAGGUUGCAAGUGCAAAGGACAUAUCAGACUGGACAUUGCAUGAGGGAUAUGAUGCCAUGCCGACCUUGCCGAAAUGGGCUCUGCAAGAAGGUGAUGCUGCCGUAUGGGCGCCUGAGGUUGUGCAAAGGCCUGAUGGGAACUUUGUUCUCUACUUCUCGGCCGCGUCGCAGGCCAACAGUCGUUUCCAUUGCGUGGGCACUGCCACUUCUCCGAAUGUGACUGGCCCAUACACACCAGUAGAAGAGCCACUGACCUGUCCCUUCGACCAAGGCGGCGCGAUCGACCCGACUUUCAUCCAUGACCGACGACAGAACACUUCCUUUGUCGUCUACAAAAAUGAUGGUAACGCCAUAGGCUCUGGUGGCGCCUGCGCCAACCGCAACUGGCCUAACACGCCCACUUCAUUCCAAUUCAACAUAGUCGACAACGAGGACUAUACAACACGCAUUGGAAAUGAUAGUUGGAAUCCUCUUGGCAAUGCCAGUUGGGUUUUGUUCAGUGAUGAAAGCGAUGGACCAAAUAUAGAAAGCCCCCAGAUCUUCUACAGGGGAGACGCCAUGGGAAGGUUCGCUGCUGCUGGUGACGAUUCAGCAUAUCAUUUGAUCUACAACGCUGGCUGUUUUGCGGACGAGUCUUAUCGCAUCGAGCAUAUCGUCUGUCGAGCAACUCAACUGAACGCAGUAUCUACGCAGUGGGCUAGCUACGAUGCAACAUAUGUCCCCUUCUUCCGGGACUGCCGCUUCGCAGCGAUGAAACCUGAAAAUUACAAAUCCUGGGGUCAGUCAUUUUUGGGUUUGAAUGAUGGUGUUGGAAAUCACUUCGAUCUGCUCUUGAGGACCGGCAUAUUCAGGCAGCCUGAUGGGGCUGGAGUGCAGCUAUAUGCACCGGGUGGACCUGCAAUCAGUCAAGACGGAUCAUAUAUGGCUUUCCACGCCGAUAUAAGUCGGGACUGGUUCGAGGGUAGGAGCCCCGAUAGGAUUCGGGCCUUGUUCGUCGCCGAAUUGGAGUAUGGCCGUAAAGGAACCGGAUUGAGGAUUAAGCGACUAAUCAAACCAACCUCAAAGAUAUGAGGCUGACCCUGAUGCAUCGACUAAAAAUGCACAAGGCAGGAGCAGGGUGCUUUGGGAUGAGAUAGAAGGGAUACCAAAAUGUAAAAUCAUGCGGGACGUG